AUGGGCGAAUGUAACGGAACUUAUGCUAUAGUUGAACGAGAAAUGCUCCAUCAUAUAAUUCAGACAUAUGUGCCUACUUCCUUAAUUGUCGUUAUAUCAUGGUUCAACUUCUGGCUAGAUAUAGAUACAGCCCCCGCUCGUGUAACUCUGUCAAUUACAACACUUCUUACUAUCGAGACACAAGCAAACGCUGUAAAACUUGCGUUGCCAGAAGUCUCAUAUAUGAAGGCAAUAGAUUCAUGGAUGGGAUUGUGCCUGGCUUUUGUUUUUGCUGUAAUGGUUGAAUAUACUAUUGCUCAUUUUGCCAAGAACCAAGAACUACCUCAGAUUUUUCAAUCAUCUUCCAAUCAACAACCACCGCUCGUAGUUGACUCAGAAACUUUACAGUCAAUAUUCAAUGCAGCAAAUGCAUUUUCUGCUUCUCCCGGAAAUGGAGUUAAUAAUGAAGAGGAUAUUGUUAAUAACAACGAUAUUGGUCAAUUUAAUCCCUUGUUGAUCAACACGACCUCCCCUCUAAAUAAUGGACAGAUAGAGAAAGGGAUUUUGACUAGUGAACAGAUGCAUAGGCAUUGGCGUAAAAAAGUUUGUGGAGUCUUAUCUAACGGAAGCGUAAGCCACAAGAACGAGGUAUCACGCAAUAGUAGCAAAAAACUUAAAAAUCAGCAAAGCACUCAACAAAGGUUCGAUUCAGAUCUUGGAGGGAGAGAAGAUGUGGAUUCAGAAGUAAGCUCAAAAACUACUCUUGAACGCCAAAAUAGCGGCAAAAACCAUUUAAGCGUGAAUAUGUUUAAUUUUGAGGAUCCUCGACUAAAAAGGAUAUCGAGAUCACUCCCUGAACAUUUUUGUAUUGAACCCGAGCAAAAAAUUAUUCAGAGGGUAAGAAGGAAAAAUUCAUUUAGAGACUCAGCAAGAAUAAUAAGAAAUCAGCUCCACACCCGUGCGCACUUUCUAAAAAGAACAAUAGGCCAGUUAAGAGGCCGAGAGAUGGCAAAUAAAAUUGAUCAAAAAUCAAGAAUAAUAUUUCCUAUUGCUUUUAUAAUUAUGAAUAUUUGCUAUUGGUCUUACUACUUGAUUCUCAAUUAA